CACAGGAAGAUCACACCAUCCCUCACCAUCAUCAGGCUGCAGAGUUGAAAGACAUUAAAGUUGAGGUUAAAGAGGAAGAAGAGGAGAGGUUGGUGAGUGGAGAUCAGCAGUCUAUGGAGGAGGGUUGUCCUCUGGAUUCCCACAAUUCUACACAGGAAGAUCUCCAAUAUACAGAGAAUGGGACAUCAGGAGAUCAGAAGUCUAUGGAGGAAGGGGAGGUGAUUAUGAAAAGUAAACAGGAAAAAUCUUCUCUACUUCUCAACGCAAAUGGACUCUAUCUAUGGAACUCUACUGAGGGACAUCUUGCUGUAUCUCAAAGUUAUGUUGCAGAAGAUAAUGGAAUUGUACAAUAUUUUGUAGGAGUAAAUCACGUUACUCAAAGCAUCCAUCACAUACCUUCCCAUCCAGACCGAUUGAUCCAUCCCUCUAAUUGUGAGGAACCUCCACAUACAUCCAAUGGUGAUAGUCGGGAUGUCCAUCUAAGACCUCACAGUGUGCCGACAUCAACAGAUCUAGCAGUGGAUCCAUUAACGUGCUCCGAGUGUGGGAAAAUCUUCAUUUACAGAAGACACCUUCUUCGACACCAGAAACUUCAUGCGAGCCAUCGUUAUUCAUGUUCAGAGUGCGGAAAAUGUUUUUCUGAGGAAAAUCUGCUCCUCGUGCACAAGAAAAUUCAUACAGGGGAGCGUCCUUUUUCAUGUUCAGAGUGCGGAAAAGCUUACAUUCUGAAAAGCGCACUGGUUAAACACCAGGGAAUUCACAUUGGUGAGCGUCCUUAUUCGUGUUCAGAGUGCGAGAAAGCUUUCUUUGAGAAAGGACAACUUGAUAUACACCAGAGAAUUCACACGGGUGAGCGUCCUCAUUUAUGUUCAGAGUGUGGGAAACGUUACACUCGGAAAUCAGACCUUCUUGCACACCAGAGAAUUCACACGGGCGAUAGUCCUCAUUUAUGUUCAGAGUGUGGGAAACGUUUCACUCGGAAAUCAGACCUUCUUAUACACCAGAGAAUUCACACGGGUGAGCGUCCUCAUUUAUGUUCAGAGUGUGGGAAACGUUACACUCGGAAAUCAGACCUUCUUGCACACCAGAGAAUUCACACGGGCGAGAGUCCUCAUUUAUGUUCAGAGUGUGGGAAACGUUUCACUCGGAAAUCGGACCUUCUUACACACCAGAGAAUUCACAUGGGUGAGCGUCCGUUCUCGUGUUCAGAGUGCGGGAAAUUUUUCUGUUUUAAAAACUCACUGGUUAUACACCAGAGAAUUCACACGGGUGAGCGUCCGUUCUCGUGUUCAGAGUGCGGGAAAUGUUUCUGUUUUAAAAACUCACUGGUUAUACACCAGAGAAUUCACACGGGGGUGCGUCCUUAUUCAUGUCCAGAGUGCGGGAAAUGUUUUCGUUACAAGAGAGAUCUUAUUAAGCACCAGAGAAUUCACACGGGCGAGCGCCUUUUCUUAUGUUCAGAGUGCGGGAAAUGUUUCAUUCGAAAGGCAGCACUUACUACGCACCAGAAAAUUCACACCGGGGAGCAUUCUUUUUAAUGUUCAGAGUGCGGGAAAUGUUUCACUGAGGAAAGAGAUCUUAUUACACACCGGAGGAGUCAUACCACGAGGGUCAGAUUUCCCCCUAGUGAGAAAAUCUUAGUAUAAUCACAUGAAGAUAUAAUAAAUAUAAAAUAUAAAGCUGUACGGAGGCUUUUAAAAGUGUAUAUUUGAAAAAAAUAAAAAUAUAAAUUUCUCCAGCA